GAUAGUAAUGAGAAAUCCUACGGUGUUAUUAUGGAUGCAGGCUCUACGGGCACAAGACUUUUCCUCUACACCUGGACGAGUAACUCAGAUAAAGAGCUUAUCAACAUAGCUCCAGCGCUCGAUCAUUUGAAUAGCCCUGUUGUCAAAAAGGUCAACCCAGGAUUGAGUUCAUUCCAGGAUCAUCCCUAUGACGCAGCCGAAUAUGUAAAACCAUUGCUUGAUUACGCAUCGCAGUUUAUACCUCAUGAUAAACUACCGUAUACACCGGUGUUUCUACUAGCAACGGCAGGAAUGCGGCUUAUAAUGAAAGAGCACAUAAGAGUGAUUGAAGGAAAAUGGGAAGGAAUCUACAGCUGGGUAGCAGUCAAUUAUAUAUUAGAAAAAUUCAAAAUGGGAAAUUCUUCAAUAAUCUCACGACCUGAAACCGUAGGAAUGAUUGAUAUGGGUGGAGCAAGCAUGCAAAUUGCGUUUGAAAUGGAUCAGAAGGACGAGUUUAGAAGUGAAAACGUAGAAAACGUUCUAACUUCACUUCAGAUCAAUCUUGGUUGUCGCGACGACGACGACAGAUACAAGUACAAGCUUUUCGUCACAACAUUCCUCGGAUACGGUGUGAACGAAGGAUUACGAAAGUAUGAACAGGAACUUAGUGAUCGAUUGUUGCAUACUAAAGAAUCUUACGUUCGAGAUGAAUGUAUGCCGUUAAACCUGCAAAAGGUUAUCAAUAGAAGCGAUGGCUCAAUGUUCCUUCUUUUUCACAACUAUAAGGCCUUUGAAGCCAAUGUAGAGGUGUGCUCAAUGCUCAAACUGUGA